AUGAAGCAGAAAGAGAUGAAUCUAAAAAGCAAAGGGCUUUCUCUGAAAAUGUUUCUGAUGGUACCUGCCAUGAACAGAAGUUUGAACAGAGAGAAUCCAGAUAUUUUGAUUAUGAUGAUUGCAGGGAAGCAGAUAAUAAGGGAUGUUGAGGAGGACAAAAGCGAUCAGAGAGAGAGGGAAUACAUGGGCCCAGUAAAGCCUGCAACACAAAUGAGUGCCACUGCACCAAACACUAAUGACCACAUAUAUUGGCAAGGAGUUGUUACAUGUUACUCCUUUGCUGAUUAA